AGGUGGAUGCUGCGCGCCGUCGCGCAUCCCGAAUCGCUGAGCUGAAUCCCAGGGAGGUUGUGGUCUGCAUGUGUGUGGUGAGUGUGUGGUUGUGAGAGAGAGAGCGCCAGCGCUCCCACAUGGCCUCCAUGCAGGACGGGCUGAACUUCACGUCUCCUACCUACGGCAAGGUCCUGCUGCUGGGUGCCAUCGCUGCUGCCUCAGCCUUCAUCGUCACCAUCCUCAUCGUGGUGCUCUGUGUGGGCUGCCAGAGGAAGGGAAAGACGCAUAAUGUCUCCAGUGAAAGUGGGAAACACAGGUUGAUGGACAUGAGUAUACUCAGGCAGUCAAAGCUGCGUUCCAUCAGCAAGUCGGACGGUGAGAUGAACAAGCUAAACUGCAAUGGCAAAAAGUCAUCUAAAAAGAACCGUCCGUCUAGCAUGGACCUCCUGCCCAGCCGCCGGUCCAACUCCGACCUCCGGUCAGGGGGAAGGACGCUACCCCAGAUCCCCUCUGGCACCGGAGAGGACGGGGAGCACACCUACUCUGAGGUAGGUCAACGCUCCUCCCCGAAGCGUGGCCCUGAUAACAACCUCUACGCCAUAGUGGGCAGGGCCGGAGAGACCGACACCCCAGCCCCUCCGGCCGUUCCAGCCAACACCCCUGCCCCCCCUGAUCUAGACGGGGAUGGGUUGAAUGAACCGCUCCCCGAGCCUGAGCCCAUGCCCCAGGCUAUGGCUCAUCCGCAACCCCCGGAGACGACUGCAGAGUACGCCUGCGUCCGGAAGCUCCGGAAGGUGGACAAGGCUGUCCCCCAGAAGAGAGACAGCGGGACCGAUAUGGGGGAGGCACCGCUGCCGCCUCCCCGCCACGCCCCACCAUCACACCCUGCCCCGCCUCCGCCACACCCUCACAGCAUGAAGAUGCCCCGGAAAAACGUGGAUGCUUUCAAGCUGCCCACCUUUCCCAAGGAGGCAGUGUUCAUGGGUAAUGGAGAGCAGUACAUAUGGAAGCCUCCAGAGGAUGAUGACAUCACCAUGCUCCAAAACAAACCAUUAGGCCCUCUGAGUCCUCACAGUGGAGAGAACAUACAGCCUUCCACUGCUAUGGUUGCAGAGAUGUACUCCAAGGUAUGCAAACCAGGCAAGAAGAAGAGAACUGUUCCUGGGUCUCCUCCAGCAAACAUUGGCUUCCGGACCUUGGGGCGUGGUGACCGGGACCGGGAGCGAGAUGGGGGAUUCAGUGUGGUGGUCAAGCCACAGACCUGGGCCCCGCAAGAGGGGAAACCCGUCGGAGGAGCCUCUGCCACUCUGGAAGACCACUGUUAUGAGUCCAUCGAGACGGGGGAGGAGUGCGACCCCACUUAUGAGCCUAUGGAAGGUGGUGGUGGUUGGAAGCGAGUUGGAGGAACCGAACGGCCUCCAAACACCUGCGCCACACUCAGGCCCAGGAGGAAGAAAUCCCAUCAGCCCUUGCAGCAGCAGCAGCCUCCCCCGCCGCCGCCCACACAGCAGACCCCCAAGUUACAGCACCUUCCAGCCAAAGCCCUGCUGCUGCCCGGGAGAACCUGUACGAGAGCAUUGGGGAACUGAAGCAGGGCGGAACUGCCAACUCCAGCACCACUACCAUCUUCACCUUCAACGACGGCAUGGAGAUGUAUGUCACUGGGCUCUAAGGCUGUGACCUAUCUGACCUCUUACCUCCUUCCCAGCAAAAAGAAGACCACGGUUGGGAAGAGCUGGUUGAGCCCCUCUCAUGCUCACUCACACAUACUGUCUACAUUACAGUCAUAAAUUCCUGCCUUUCAGAG